AUGACUUACGCCUACGCCCCGGGUCCUGAUCUUAGGUUCAUUGAGAACUGCUUCACAGUCUCUGCUCAAGCACUCUGCUUCUACAAUUUCUGUCUGACGUUCACGCGCGAAGUACAGUUCAUGUGGAAACUCAAGCCCUCUGUCGGCUCGGUUCUGUUCUUUACCCUGCGCUAUACUGCACCCUGCAACAUUUUCCCCGUCAUAUUGGGUUAUUUAUCCCAUGGAGUCUGGCAAAGUCAGCUGAGUUGCACAGUCAUGGCGCGUCUGCAGAUGACGGGCGACGUACUCGUCUUGACGAGCGGCGCGAUCUUCGCGGCUCUGCGCAUCUACGCUCUCUCGCGGAAAAAUAAAUGGAAUUUUGGAGUCACACUCCUCUUGGGUCUGAUAAAUCCUGUACUAACUACGACUUACGUCUGUGGCCCGACGGUAUACCGGCAGUACACGUUCGUCCUGACCACACCCUACCUUGCGCACCUCGCGCCAGGGCAUCAGAAUUGCAAUGCCGACUCGCAGCUCAUGGUAGACAUCUGUGGGUCACGACAGCGGUUCAAGUCAAUUUAUAUUGAUGGUAUUCCUCGUUGUGCAGGGAUGAUGGCGGGUCGUGGAUCUGCAGUCGUCUGUGACGCCGUUGCACUGGUCCUCACCUGGCUGGGUAUAAAGCAUUUGCUGCAGUAUACUUUGGAACCUGAACGCCAUGUCCACCUGGACCGCAAUGCAAACUUCGAGAACUGCCAGGGCGGGUCACAUAUCUCGCAUACAAUUGCGACGAUGAUAUUCAGGCGCUUCAAGUUUCCUCCCGGGAUGGAAGGACGCGUAGAUCAAGAACUUGAAGAUUUGCCCGAAACUGAAGAGAACGAACACGGGGAUGAGAUGUUGCAGAUGGCUUGA